UCUCUAAGGUCGCUAGAAACAUCUGUUUUGUGAAGCAUUUUUCGUGAAAAUUUGUGCUUCAGCUUGACUAUUUUACUUGAAAUCGUUUGAUUAGAAGUUUAGCCUCUGAAAUGGGGACAAAACGUCGUAACAUCGAAGAUGAGCUCUCACGCUUUGAAGCAGAGAUCUCAAAGCCGCCAGCUCGAAACCUCUUUGUACCCAAUCAAGUGCGUCCGAUAAUCGCGGCAAAUACGUACACCAACGUUCAGCAGAAAUUGCAGCAGCAUCAGCCGCGAAUGACGGUGCCUCCUCCGCCAAUACCACCACCGCCUACAUUUAUGUCCACAUUUGUACCGACGGGCAGCAGCUCUUCCACAUCGCCAGCGAAGCCAACAUCAGCCACCCCGGUUGUACUUAGCAGCGCCCCAAAGCUCUACCAAUGCCGACAGUCGGUUCAUGUUCCAACGGUGGCCACGGCGCCGGCAAUCGAUAUCAACAUCAAUUCCAUACAGUUUGAUGUUACGCAGAAACUCAAGAAGCUCAAGGCAGAAAAGUCGGGACCCAAUCCGAUUGCAGAGGAAGCUAUCAAAGCAGCGCGCGCCUCUUCGGCUCUGCAAUCAUUUCAAACCACAGAGCGGAAGAAAAAGGAUCGUAAAACGGUGCGCAUUGCUGGUGGCACUGUGUGGGAAGAUUCUUCAUUGGCAGAUUGGCCGGAUGAUGAUUUCCGCAUAUUUUGUGGCGAUCUUGGUAACGAUGUCAACGAUGAAGUACUCACGCGCACCUUUAACAAGUUUCCAUCAUUUCAACGGGCACGUGUUGUACGAGACAAACGAACCGGCAAGAGCAAGGGAUUCGGGUUCGUCAGCUUCCGGGAACCGGCCGACUUUAUAAAAGCAAUGAAAGAGAUGGAUGGCCGCUACGUGGGCAGUCGGCCAAUCAAGCUGCGUAAGAGCACCUGGCGACAGCGCAGCCUGGAUGUGGUGAAGAAAAAGGAGCGUGAAAAGCAAUUGCUCCUGCAGGCCUUCAACUCUAUGAGUUAAGUGCGCUACACCCACUAUCAAUUGAGAAGAAACACUUUUAGGCUAGUUUUGGUCGCAUUUCGAUGUAAAUAAAAUUUGUUUUUAGAUUGUUCGGAUGUGGCUGCUGGAGAAUAAGCGUAAAUUAAAACAAAUAUUAAAAUAAAUAUUUAGAAAACGAAA